GCAUUCAAUAGAGUAAAUUUUUUUGAUUUGUGUUUUUCCCUCGUAGACAGCCGAGAGAGGGUUGGGAAUGCUGUGGUGAAGCUGCGGUUCUGCCGAGCGGGGUCCGUGCUGCCGGGCGUGCCCGGAUGGCCGUGCCCGGGUGGCCGUGCCCGGGUGGCCGUGCCCGGGUGGCCGUGCCCGGGUGGCCGUGGUGGCCGCGCCCCUGUCCGCGCACGGGUCCCGCCGUGCCGGGGCAGCGCCGGCCGCGCACCCGCGAUGGGACACAAAGAUGCUCAAGAGCCCCGUAGCGCCUGGGGCUGAGCCCGUGGCGCGGCCUCCCCUCGGCAGGACGGAGCGAGGACAGCGAGGGCACAUAGCGGGGACAGCGAGGGCACGGAGCGGGGACAGCGAGGGCACGGAGCGGGGACAGCGAGGGCACGGAGCGGGGACAGCGGGGGCACGGAUGGACCCGCGGCACCUCCGGCUCCCCGCCCAGCAGCGCUUUGCUCACCACUUUAAUGACCAAUUUCUGCUUCGGGAGGAGCCGGUUACAGCACCGAGACGCUUCUUCAGGUCGGCUGCUUGCUGGGCUGGCUGGAGUGGCAGCAGAAGGGUCCCAGUGAGCUGUGAGGAGCCCGUGUGGUGCUGCUGGGCUGCGAUGGGCAAUCCCUGCGCCCACCACGCCUCAGCAGCAGAGCUGGGUCAGCCCAGACCCUCCGAGAUGCCCAGCAGGAGCCCUGGGGAAGAUCUGGAUGACUUCAUUUCAUUCAGGGCUGCAGCCUCUCCUCAGAGCCGUGUUUUGCCUGUGGGAAUGAUCUCGCUCGGCGCACCCCAAAGUGGCUGGAAAAGCUGCGAGGGUGAUUUGCCAGUGUUGUGUAAUACAGGGCCAGGAAAUGAUAUUUGUAGCUCAUACACCUGAUGGUUAUUCUCUGUCUGUGUAAAUAAGCUGUAUUACUAUACACAUUAAUUCCGGCAGAAAUGCAUCCACACUGGGAAACUCCACACUUUAAUUACACCUGUAUAGGUAGAACAGCAUGUGUUUUCUCUCAAACAAAGUAGAAGGGUGUAGAUUGAAGGCUGGAAAAGUGGGUCCUUCCAUGUUUGACUGCUACUCGGGUCACAGGUAAUCAGCAAACAUUUUGAUGGUUUUCUUAAUAAAAAUCCAUUUAAGGUGAGUUUCCAAUUCAAA